AUGUUCUAUCCCUGGGGGUGGCUACUCUUUGCAGCAGCGUCACUUGUGUUGGUAUCUAGUACCAUGGGGAGGUACUUCAUGAAGGCAUCCCCCACGACUGUGAAGCUCGACUCGAAGGAAAACCCAGAAGAUGCCUACUACAACAUCGAACCCCUCGUCGACUUCGACCUCGCCGCCGAAGAACCCAUCCAAGCCCGCCCCUUCAAGCCCAAAUUCCACAUGACCAUGGCCACCGAGAACAUAACGCUCUCCAACCUCCUCGCCAUGGACAACACCUACGCCUCGCGCCUCGCCCUCCGGCGCUCGCUCGUCGCCACCCACCGCCCUGAAAUCAUCGCCGCCAACCCGCGCGCCGCCCCUGCUAUAACCGAACUCUACGCCUGGCUGACCCAGACCUACCUCCCCACGCGCCACCCCAGCUUGUACACACUCACCCCCUCCGGCCUACGCAACCACACCACAUCGACCACGCUCCCGCUCGCGCCGACCCCCGACGCCGCCCUCGAACACCUCGCCACCAACAUCGACACCGACUUCCUGCUCCUCCUGCCCAGCUCCGCCCCCGCCGACGCCGGCAAAUACCGCCUCGAAGCCUUCGCCACCUGCUUUCCCUCUGGCUUCCGCACCGCCUCGAAGCUCGGGCUGCUGCUCGCCGACAUCCACGGCCCGGUGCCCCACUACCGCGCCAAACUCGAGUUAUCCAUGGACCGCUUCUUCGCGGCCCUGCCUGUGGGCAAGAUCGUGCGUCGCUGGAACUGGGCCGUGAGCACCACGGGCGAUUUGUUCUGUGUCAGCGGGAACCACGCGACGGCGGCGCAGGCCGCGGCGGAGAUUCAGCGCGACGAGGUCGAUCUCAGGACCACGUUUCUUAGGUGCGAGAGGCAGACGCUGCAUCGCUUGCCGGCGUCGCGGGCGCUGGUGUUUGCGUUCAAGACGUAUCAGUAUCCGAUUGCGGAGGUGAGGAGGGAUAGUGCACGGGAGAUGGCGGAGGCGAUUGACGGGCUGGGCGGGGGGAGUGCGCCUGAGAUGCGGGUUUACAAGCGGGAGGUUGUGUGGGGGGAGAAGGUGAAGGCGUUUUUGAGGGGCGAGAUUGGGGAGGACGACUGA